AUGGCUACUGUAAGAAGUGAACCAGCGACGGAUCUAGGCGAAACUAACAUCAAAGGAGUUCUUGUUCAUGGAGGAAGAUAUUUCCAGUACAAUGUCUACGGAAACUUGUUUGAAGUCUCGAAUAAAUAUGUUCCUCCGAUUCGACCUAUUGGCAGAGGAGCUUACGGUUUUGUCUGUGCUGCAGUUGAUUCAGAGACACACGAGGAGAUUGCAAUCAAGAAGAUAGGUAAAGCCUUUGACAACAAAGUCGAUGCCAAAAGAACAUUGAGAGAGAUUAAGCUACUUCGUCACUUAGAACAUGAAAACGUUGUAAUCAUAAAAGAUAUCAUCAGACCUCCAAAGAAAGAGAACUUCGUCGACGUUUACAUAGUUUACGAGUUAAUGGACACUGAUCUUCACCAGAUCAUUCGGUCAGACCAAUCAUUGACUGAUGAUCAUUGUCAGUACUUCUUGUAUCAGAUUCUACGAGGACUCAAGUACAUACAUUCAGCGAAUGUCUUGCAUCGUGACCUAAAGCCGAGUAACUUGCUUCUGAAUGCAAACUGUGACCUAAAGAUUGCGGAUUUUGGACUUGCAAGAACGACGUCUGAGACAGAUUUCAUGACGGAGUAUGUUGUAACAAGAUGGUACAGAGCACCAGAGCUGCUUCUGAACAGCUCUGAGUACACUUCUGCGAUUGAUGUAUGGUCUGUUGGUUGCAUAUUUGCUGAGAUCAUGACGAGAGAACCUCUUUUUCCAGGGAAAGACUAUGUUCAUCAGCUUAAACUUAUCACCGAGUUGAUAGGAUCACCUGAUGGAACGAGCCUCGAGUUUCUCAGAAGCGAGAACGCAAGAAAAUACGUUAAAGAACUGCCAAAGUUCCCGAGGCAGAACUUUUCUGUUCGAUUUCCUAGCAUGAACUCUACAGCUAUCGAUCUUCUUGAGAAGAUGCUAGUGUUUGAUCCACAAAAACGCAUCACAGUUGAGGAAGCAUUGUGUCAUCCUUUCUUGUCAGCUCUGCAUGACCUUAAUGACGAGCCAGUUUGUUCCAACCAUUUCAGUUUCGAUUUCGAGAACCCUUCUUCCACUGAAGAAGAGAUUAAGGAGCUUGUGUGGCUAGAAUCUGUGAAGUUCAAUCCUCAUCCGACCGUUUAA